GUAAUUCUACGAUGGUAGCAACAACAACAGAACAAUUGACGGCGCUGGCAGGAACGACCGUCAUCGUUCACCCACUCGUGCUGCUUUCCGUAACAGACCACCACGCCCGCUCAAUCUCACGGAACUCUACCAAGCGCGUGGUGGGCGUUCUCCUGGGCCAAGACAAUGGCAAGACGAUCAAUGUGGCAAAUUCAUUUGGGAUACCGUUUGAGGAGGACGAGAGGGAUAGUAAGACGUGGUUUUUGGACCAUAAUUAUAUUGAGGGGAUGUAUGAGAUGUUCAAGAAAGUUAACGCACGAGAACGAAUGAUCGGGUGGUACCACACCGGCCCAAAACUGCGCGCCUCAGACCAAGAAAUCAACGACCUCUUCAAACGCUUCAUCGCCCGCCCCGUAAUGGUCAUCGUCGACGUACGACCACACACCGUCGGCAUCCCCACCAACGCCUACUUCGGCGUCGAGGAGAUCAAAGACGACGGCACGGAGACACGUAAAACCUUCCUCCACGUACCCUCAGCCAUCGAAGCCGAAGAAGCCGAGGAAAUUGGGGUGGAGCACCUAUUAAGAGACAUCAAAGACUCAACGACAACCACCCUCGCUACGAGGGUCUCUGAACAGCUUUCGUCGCUUCGCGGGCUUCAGUCGAGGUUGAGCGACGUGCAAAAGUACCUGGUGGACGUGGCGGCUGGGAAGAUGCCCGUGAAUCAUCAGAUCGUGUAUCGCCUGCAGGACGCGCUGAAUUUGUUGCCUGACCUGACGGACAGUGGGACGACGCAGAGUUUCGCGAGCAGCACGAAUGAUCAGAUGUUGGUUGUUUACUUGAGCAGUUUGUUGAGGGCUGUUAUUGCGCUUCAUGCGCUUGUGGAUAAUAAGGCGAGUAUUGGGCGGACGGACCUGGAAGAGGGGGGUAAAGAGAAGGAGGUAAAGGGGAAAGAGGAGGAAGAGAAGAAGGGGGAUAAGAAGAGUUCGGAAUAGAUUAUAGAUUAGAAAGAGGUCUAUCUUUCAACUAUUUCUGCGCAUGAUUCACGCAUGGAGGUUAC